AUGGUUAUGGACGAUCCCUCACUUCCUGUAGAUGUGGCAUUAGCACUAAGUAGAUCAAAAUUAUCAAAAGAUGAAACCAACACAUACAAAUUGGUGAUUUAUCGACCUGUUGAACCACUUUUACAAGUCGGACCACAAUGUGGGAUUGUGGCCUUAGCUAUGGCGUCGGAAUUAGGUGGAUUCAGUUAUACAGUACAAAAUAUUUUUGAAAAAGCUAAAGAACUAAAAUGCACGAUACAGGGAGAAUUAUUUGAUGCUCAUAUGAUACCUGUCCUAUGCAAAAAAUUUAAUAUUGAGGCUAAAGUACAUCGUUGGACUAAACUGGAAGAUUUAACUGAUUAUUUACAAUCAAAUCAUGUCUGUCUGAUGCCAUAUGAUGCUGACGCAAAUCAUGAGCCCUGCAAACGACUUGGCCAUCGUGCACAUUGGGCACUUAUUCAUGGAUAUGUAAAACUUUUUCCCGUUCGAGAAGAGAACCAUUCCGAUUUAGUUCUUGUACAUCAUGGAAAAAGUCGGCAUGUAGCAGCUUGGUCAAUUAGAGAUUUGUACGAGAGUAAUUUGCAAUUGAAUGAGUUUAAAUGGGCUAUUUAUUGUUAUUUAACAUUAUUUUUCCAUGUUAAUCUUGUUGCAUGUUAA